CUGAAAACAACCGCUACAAAACAAAUCAACCAUCACGGCCGGCCGGCCUAAAGAACGUUACAGUGUCAGCCUCCUUGUCUCUUAUGCCCACUGCCCUCCAGAACCUCUGCAAAACUCCAAAAAUGCAGAGCCGACAGCCAAAGUGCCAAACUGCUUAAACAACCCUUUGGCAGCCAGCAGCAGAUAAAAGUGGAUUCCACAUCCACAUUGCCAAAAAAGACAACUCCAUCACUCUACUCUAUCUCUACCCCCACUAAAACCCGCACCAGAGUCCUAUCAUCCUCCUAUUAAAUCCCAGGGUUGUAGCUGUUCCCUUCAGUUCAUCAUCCCUUUCAGUCAUUUCGCCAUGGAACAUCUGAACACAGAAAUGGAAACUGUUGCUGCUGCUGUAGAAGUUCAGAAAGGAGACGACUUUAAGGUUCAUGUGUUCUCAUCCUCGGAGUUGAUCGAGACGCUGAAUGAGAAAUGGAGGGCAGUGAAGAGGAAACCAUACCCAGCAAUGUACUCGAGCGUCUAUGGCGGGAUCAUUCUCGAUCCGGCGUUGAUGGUGAUUCCGAUUGAUGACCACAUGGUACAUCGCGGUCAUGGUGUUUUUGACACGGCCAUAAUCCUCGACGGAUACCUCUAUGAGCUAGAUGUACACAUAGAGAGGAUCCUAACAUCAGCCUCAAAGGCAAGGAUAUCAUCUCCAUUCACCAAGGACAAACUGCGCACCAUCUUGAUCCAGUUGGCAACAGCAUCAAACUGCAAGAAAGGCACACUGAGAUACUGGCUGAGUGCAGGCCCAGGCAACUUCCUGCUGUCCCCAUCUGGUUGCCCAACUUCAGCAUUCUAUGCAGUCGUGAUCGACGAGGAGUUCUCCCAGCAAAAGGAAGGAGUUAAGGUGAUCACAUCUAACAUCCCCAUGAAGCCGCCUCUUUUUGCAACUGCAAAGAAUGUGAACUAUCUCCCCAAUGUGCUGUCCAUCAUGGAAGCCGAGGACAGAGGAGCCUUCGCCUCAAUCUGGGUCGACGAGGAAGGGUACGUGGCUGAGGGUCCCAAUGUGAACGUAGCAUUCAUUACUCAGGAGAAAGAGCUGAUCCUGCCUCCAUUUGACAACAUACUCCGCGGAUGCACUGCUCUGAGGCUGCUUCAGCUGGCGCCCAAGCUGGUGGAAAAGGGGAAGCUGAAAGGGGUGAAGACCGGUAAACUCACUAUUGGAGAGGCAAAAGCUGCUCUGGAGAUGAUGUUUGUAGGGAGCACGCUCCCCUUGUUGCCUAUUGUGAUGUGGGAUGAUCAGCUCAUUGGAGAUGGGAAUGUGGGAGAAUUGACAAUGGCACUUUCUGAUCUGAUGUGGGAGGACAUGGUUGCUGGGCCUACUACUCAGAGGAUUCCUGUCCCAUAUGAGCAGUAGUACUGAACAAAGAGAGAAAAUGGGUUAUGGAAGUUGCCUGAAGGAAUCAUGUAUACAACAUUGUUCUUUUUGGGUCAACUCACCAAUGGAGUUAAAGAUCACUUUGCUGUUCAAAGCUCCUCUUGUAAUCCGGAAUAAAAAUCUCAAAGCUGUUGUGUGCUUUCUAGGUACAAAACUUGAAUGAGA